AUGUCGCGGCGUCGUUGUUCGUUGCUCGUGGCCCUGUCCGUGGCCAGAAUGGCCCUGUCCGUGCGUCCCGGACGCGACGAGGAGGCGGUGAGCCGCUCCGAGCAAAAUGAGACGCGCGCUUCUUCAUGGUGCUGGAAUUGCUGCGCCACUGCGCAGUGUUCCGGAAAGGAAUACAAGAACCGCUUCAACCAGAAGAUUGCCAUUGGAGAGUGCAAGCCGAUCCCGGGCAAAGUGCUGAACGAAAAACAAGAAGUGGUGACACCUGCUAUGACAGAGUACUUGCAGUACCGCGUCAACGAUGGGGACUACCUUUGUGCGGAGGAGUGUCGCGUCAAGCCGGCGGGGAUGAGCGGAUAUCCCGACAAGGUCUAUCGCACGGGAGGGGUGACUGAAGGGGUGAGAUGCACCUAUGAGGGUGACCUCCGGCUCAAGCGGACGUACCGGCCCAGCGGUCCGACGUUGGGACAGCAAGUGGCACGAGACAAGGCGAGAAAGGCAGCGACGCAGAAGAAGAAGAAGAGCGGAUGGUUCGGAUGA